AUGACGACGACGACGCUAUCACGCACGCUCUCGGCAACGAGCAUCUCAUCGACCGACACGGCCGCCUCGACUGCAACGACUGCCAUCUCGCGACGAACACGCCGCCGAUUUAAUAACGCGCAACUCACGAUUCUCGAGCAACUCUAUCAUCAGAAUUCGCAUCCAACGCGUUCAGAACGCGAUGCUGUGGCCAAAGCUGGUGGAAUGGAAAGCCGUUCAGUGACCAUCUGGUUCCAAAACAAGCGUCAGACGGAACGACGCGUUGCGCUGCACAACCAUUCUGCACCAUCCAAGACCAAGUUGACCUCUACGCGAGGCAAACGCCCAUCUUCCCCAUUCACAACUUCUUCAUCAUCCUCUCGGUCAUCGUGGCCUUCGUUAGACCGCGUAGCCUCUCGCUCUGAGUUGUGGGCCCCGCCGCCACCGCUUACGCCGAAGCGGCCACGUAUAUACACUGGAGACGAGGAGGUGCACGACUCCAAGAAUCUAUGGGACAACAUGCCCUCGUCUCCUGUUGCUCCACCUUUCAGCCCUCCUGCACGCGACUAUGUCGAGUUCGGCCGUGCGCAAAGGAAAAGAACGCUAGAGUGGGCUUGCGCUGCUGCGCGACUUGCCGAGAAGGAUGGUGUAAAGCUCCAUGCAGGUGAUGCAGAUGAUACGGACGACGAACUGCAUGAGGCGGUGACACCACCAAGUACUUUGGGUGCCGGUGACCUUCGUUGGAACAUCGAGACGGGGAAAAGUCUGAAGCCAAUGAAGCUGCAUGGCGUUCAAAUCAGAGAAGCAGGUAAAGAGGAGCCGGCGCAGGAUGACGAUAUGAUGAGGGCCGCUCUUGCACUGUGUGGACUAGGUCGAUCCUGA